AAGGGGACCUUCCGAAGUCCCAGAGCCUACAUCAGAAAGAUCGCUGGGGCUAUAUACCAUUAGCUUCUAUUUCCUUUCCUUGAUGUAUACGAAACAAAUCUCAAAAAGUCGAACGAUAAACACCACGAUGGUGAAGGAGUUCAACACCCAAACAGUAGUGAGCGUGGGGCUUGAAAUCUUUUGGCAAGCUCUGGCCAAGGACUUCAUCGUCAUCGUUCCAAAGGUACUUCCACAGCACGUGAAAGACGUGCAAGUGCUUGAAGGAGACGGAGGCCUCGGCACAGUCCUCAACUUCAACUUUUGUUCCGAUGCAUCAACAGGAAGUUACCAGAAAGAGAGAAUUUCAGAGCUUGAUUGGAGUUCAUAUGAGAUAGGGUUGGAAGUGAUUGAAGGUGGCCAUCUGAAUCGUGGUUUCUCGUUCUACAAGACAAGCUUUCUGCUAGCUGCAAAAGGACCUGAUCAGACUGAGGUCAACGUGAAGAUAAGUUAUGAAGCUGAGAACGAAGAUGUGAAAUCAGCAGAGCCCACCUUAUUCUACAUUAGGAGCCUGGAAAAUUAUCUGUUACAUGAUUCGUAAACGUUUCGGGCCAUUUCUUCUGGAGGCUAUCUGGGUCCCUCUAGUUUCCGCAGCUGUGUGUUAGUAGCUUGAUCUUGUUUUGACUUUCCUGGUAGAAUCUGUUAGUUUCAUCUUUAAUGGCCAAUAAAUGAACAAGAAGCUAAUACCAGUCGGCCUCCCCGUAAAACUUGUCUUAUUGCGUGGCUGUGUAGCCUUUGUCUUCUUCUAGAUCAUGUGAUUUGAUGGGAAAUAACAUCCGUAUUUUGUUCCAAAAUUGUUAUCUAGGCAGGUCUAUAUUUUUAUAAAAAUAAUACUGAAUUCCAUAA